UUGUCAAGGAGAAGAUCUUAACACCAAUUGUUUGGGCUCCUGUUAUUUGCUGUUCCUUCUACUCUGUAAAGUUUACAACUGAGUGCUAACAUCUUUAGAACAGAAACAUCUGGCUGUAGUUAUGGAAACUUUUUUCAGAUUACAGCACACUUGUCAGCAGAUUUCCGUGCCCACAAUCACCAAGCUGAGCAAACAUGAGUCAGUGUUUGACUGCGGUGGAGGUGCAGGAUAUAAAGACCGAAGGCAGGGAGGUGAAGGCAGAUCGAGAAAGAGAAGCAGCAACUGAACUCUGAGAACACAACCGGCUGAUCCCACACGAGGCAAAAUGAAAUCCUUCCUCCUCGCCAUCGCUGCCGUGCAGAUCCUCCAUUGCUCAGGAGUACCAAACCCCGAGGAUGCUCUGAGAGCAGCAAUAACAAAGCUGAACGAGAUAAGUGAAAUCAGUCAUCUCUGUGGCAUAAUCCGCAGCACAAUAACAGAUCUUUCUCCCACAGGAAAAAUCUCCUACAAUGUGGACUUAGCAUUUUCUGUUCAAGAAACAGUCUGCUCCAAAAAUUCUGGGCUGGAAUUUGAUGAUUCCAGCUGCAUCUUCCGACCAGUGAGAAUCGCUGAGACUGCUGCCUGCAGAAGCCGAGUGAAAUAUUUGGCCGAUGAAGUCCUGGACGUGGAUGUGGAAUGUCAUGGCUUCAGGAAAGUCAAGGGUAAUGGAGGCUCGGUGGAUAAAGUGAAGGUUAAUGGAGUACCAUCCAAAGGGGGCAAAGGUCAGAGUGAACCAGCUGCAGGACCACAGAGACCCAGCAAGCCACCCAAAAGGGGAAAAGACUACAGAAAGCCUCAUCAAAGAUUCCACUACAAUGAAGGAUCUUCAGAAUUAAUCAAUAGCAGCGAAGAGAUGAGAAUCAUCUCAGAAGAAUUAUCGAAUGAGGACUCAUCAAUGGAGCACAAUGACGAUUCAAGAGCCCGACAUCGCCGACACUAACCAUGAACGACCUUUUUGAAAAACCAAGUUUGGUAUGAAUUCAAGGAGACCUUGUUCAGAUUGAAGUUAACAUUUAUACUUGUUGAUGUAUAAGGGAGACAUUUUGCGACGACAAAGAAAUCUCUGUACUUUGUAACUGUCCUCUUAUGUGUACUGCCUUUCAUUUUAAAUGUAUGUGCGAUGUUGCACUCCGACAUUCUUCAGAUUGUUGUUACUUUUCCCUUCACUGCCAAGUAUGGAAUUCCAACUCAGGCACCUAGCAAUCUGCCUGUGAAAUGCUCGUAAAAAGGUCUCUCUGUCUAAUCACCGUCAGACAUGGACCAUUAGCUACAAAUUAACCAAAGUGGGAUAAAUGGGCAAAAAGCCCCAGUGUGAAGGUUCAAAUUGUUGAGUUGCUAUUAUGUGCACCUAAUCUGCAACCACAACCUGAAAGCAUUUUGUGAGAUGGGUCCUACAUUUGGACCAAAGCUAAGAGUGACGACUCUGGUGUUAUUGAAAACUUCCCUCCUCAAGUUCAAUUUCUUGGAGAAUUUAGCCUUAAUUGCGACCUCAGUCUCUGAAUUAGAGCAAGAUUUUUAGAAAAUUCAAACCGAAAUGACACAGCUGGUCUGUUAACAUAUGAAGAUAGGAUGUAAAGUUAAUGUUUCAGCAGAAGCCCUUUCGUCCCAAAUGUUCUCUCAGCACAGGAGACUCUGGAGUAGGGUUUGGCAAACAGUCGAAUGUAAAAGAACAUACAAAUCUUUCCUCCAACCAGUGCAAUGUAAGGAACAAGGUGGUGUUAACAGAAGGCUCAUUAAACUGCACUGGUGGGGAGGCUUCAAUGAUCCCAUUCAUUGCAGGCUCAGGGCAGCAGCUGCUGUGAGCUGGGAGCAAGGGGGAGAGAAGGAUGUGGAUAUGAGGCUGUAAAUGGCCCUGUUAUUUCUUUAUGCCCAUUUCUCUUCUGCAGUGUUUACGUAGGAUUGGGCCUGUUUCCUGCCCCAGGUGUGGGGUGCGCUCUCCAUGGCAGGUCUACUUUCAGCUGGCGCAUAGUGUGUGUGUGCGCGUUUGUGUGUGUGUCUGUUUGAGGUUUGGAUGCCUUUGCCAGUUCCAGUCAGAAGAACUUGUACAUUUGGAACAGACAAAUAACUUCAGAGGAUCUUUUAAAUGCUCUGUCUGUUCUAUAUGUGUUGCAUUUUGCUGGCAACAUCAAUGUAAUAUAUUUUUGUAUAAUUGUAUACAGUCUUACUGAGAGUGGAUCAAUAAAAAUGACUUUAUUGUUGACAAGAAAAA